AUGGCACGGGGAGGCCCGGGCCAACCGCCGGAUUCGCAAGAAUCUGCACAGCGUGCAAAGACGGCUGGCCCUACGAAUAGCCUACAGGACCGUGGCGCGCGACGCCUUGGCGGUCCUCGUGGAGAUCCCCCCGCUGAAGUAUGUGGCCGAUGCCCUGGCAGAAUCCUAUGGAGGUCCCAGGGAGGUGUCGUAAUCCCCGGGGCCGCCAACCUCUUUAGAGAGGUGGCCCGUCGGCAGGUUUUCCACGAAUGGCGUGACAGCCUGCGGAACAGCCCGCCGACCAAGGGGACCCGGACCACGGAAACCAUCCUCCCCUGCCUUGACGAGUGGGCUGGCAGAGGUUGGGGCGGACUCUCGUUCCACCUGACGCAGGUUCUCACCGGCCACGAGUGCUUCGGUGAGUACCUGUGUCGUAUCGGGAAGGAGCUGAUGACGCAGUGCCACCAUUGCGACGAGCCUCGGCACACCGCGCAGCACACGCUGGAAGUGUGUCCAGCGUGGGCAGAGGAGCGUGGUGCCUUGAGGCGUGUUAUAGGGGAGGAUUUCUCCCUGCCGGCGGUCGUCAAGGUUAUGGUUGGCAGGGAGAAGGCGUGGAUGGCCGUCUCCUCCUUCUGA